AUGUCGUCCGUAACGUUCUUCCUAGCAGGAAAAGUUCUCAUCACACUAACACCACAAAUCAUCCGUAAUCUAGCUGCAUCGCUGAUACCCUCUAACGAUCAUUUCUUCUGGUGGCCAAUCUAUCGCCUCUUCCAACAAAACUUCUAUCCACUGUCCUUCCUCUUCCUCUUCCUACUACGAUACAUCCGAGUUGUCACUAGUCUGUACGGCACAUAUAGAUACCGGCCUGUACCCAUACCUCUAUCGCCCACCUACCACACCACCGAUGUCACAGUCAUCAUCCCCACAACGGACCUCAUGUCCCCGACACUCCACCACGUCAUCCGCACGAUCCUCUCCCAAAUCAUCCCCAAACUCAUCAUCUCCACUGCAGGAAUAGAAGCCGCAGAACAAUCCAAUGCAUUCAGAGCCUUGUUCUCAGAAGAUGGCCAGCGCAUCAUCGUCUCUCAUCGCAUCAAAGCCUCGCGUCGCGAACAAACCGCCCAAGCCCUCAAACAAGUCUCGUCACGUCUCGUAAUACUGCAAGACGACCACACAUACUGGCCCGCAUCACGCGCAUUCGUCGCCUCCGUGCUCGCGCCCUUUGAAGAUGCGCACGUCGGUGCCGUGAGCGCAGAUUUAGAAGCCAGGCACCACGCGCACCCGGCGUGUUCUUUGCGCGGAUUCUGGAAUUUCAUGGGCAUGGCCUACCUGGUACGUCGCUCGUACGAGUACCGCGGUACCUACGGCAUCGACCGUGGUCUAUCCACUUUGCCCGGUCGCUUCGGCGUCUUCCGCACCGCCAUCUAUGCUUCUCCGCUGUUCCUCGAGGCCUAUCUCAACGAGCGCUUACCGUUCAUGCAAGAGCCGCUCAACGCAGACGACGACAAGUUCCACACGCGCUGGCUGGUUGAACAUGGUUGGGAUGUCGGACUGCAGGCUGGGCCGGAUAGUCUGAUGACGACGGAAUUGGGUGAGUGGCCCAGGUUUUUGGGUCAGGUGUUGAGGUGGACACGCACGACUUGGCGGAAUAAUCCAGUGCAGUUGAUGAAUAAGUCGACGUGGGUACGACAUCCGUUCAUGUCGUAUAGUCUGCUUAUGUGGUUUUUUCGACAAUCGCUUCUCCACGAGUUGAGCAUGUAUUUUUUGCUUCAUCGCACGUUGCGGCAAUGUGGAAGGCCGAGCUACUUUACUGCUUGCGCGGUUGCACUCACGCUCUGGAUUGUCGCGUUCAAGUUUAUCAAGGUAUCGGCCCACUUUCGUAAGUAUCCCACGGACAUUGUGUACUUUCCGGCGUAUCUUCUUUUUGGCUAUUUUCAUUCGAUUAUCAAGACUUAUGCCUUGGUAACUUGCAUGAACGCGUCUUGGGCUACUGCGGAGACGGUCAACGCGAAACUCGGGGAAGUGGUGCUGGAGAGAGCAGACACGGACUCGGAGGAAGACAGAGGGGCCACCGGAAUGGCUACAAAGACCAUCCUAGAUGCGACUUUGAAGUCGGCGUCUAAUCUCUUCUUAGAAGCCAACGUAGGCGAUAAACUAGGGCAUGUUAUUCCCGUUCUGUUUGAGUUUUCUAUCGUAUACGGUGCCGCUAAUGUGUAA